UCUCAAUGAACAAAAUCACACAUUUCUUUAUUUCUUUCUCUCGUUUUCAUAGGAUUGCACUUAGAUUAUAUGUAACUUGUUAUAAAGAGAUUUGGGAAGGUACUUAAGUCCAAAGCAAAACUUUUGGGUUUCUACAGUAAAGAUACUUCUGAGAUAUGACUUCGCCAAAAAAACAAAAGAGAGAAAAAAAAAUUGUGCUUAAAAAUGUUAAGCAUAGUCUCCCAUUGUAAUCUUGAGGCGUCAACAUCGGGAAAUAGGAAGGAUUAUUUCAGGAUAAUUCCUUACUAUCCUUUUAGUUAAAGGUAGCUACGUAAGGAAUUUUACUAGUUGCCCGAGCAGUAUAAAUACAAGGGUGUAGCAACUCAGAAAACUCAGCACAAAACCAAUAGCCUUUUCACAAGUUUCAAAAGAUAUAACAUCAUCUCAAGCUUCUCAUCAUACUCUUCCACCAAAUCAAAACAAAAGAAGAAACCCAAUAUUGUUUAAGUCUCUAAAUAUGGAAGUAGUUCAGCACUUAGUAGAAGGAAAGCCAGUGGUGAUAUUCAGCAGGACUUCCUGUUGUAUGUCCCACUCAAUGAAACAGCUUAUCAGCAGCUAUGGAGCAAAUGCAACAGUUUAUGAGCUCGAUGAAACUCCACAGGGACAUGAAAUUGAUACUGCAUUGCAAAAACUUGGGCAAGUACCCAGUGUGCCUGCGGUCUUUAUCGGGCAGAAGUAUGUUGGUGGGGCUAAAGAAGUCAUCAGCCUUCAAGUUCAAGGAAGACUGGUGCCAAUCCUAAUGGAAGCCAAGGCCAUUUGGGUUUGAUGAUGCAUCAGAUUUGUGACCUUUUCUUUAUUUUUUGUUCCCCUAUUUACCCACUCUCUACAUCAUAAAGAGUCUCUUAAUCCUCUAUCUAAUUCAGCCCUUAAAUCAGGUCUGGAACUAGUUUUGUAGAUCAUGAUUAUAAUUUAUAAUGUAAUAUAUGUUAUCAGCACUUCCAAAACUUUACAAAAAGUCAUUUGUACAUGUACA